AUGAGGUGAGAGGGAGGGGCAGAGCUGAGGCGAAAGUCAAUUGUGUUUUAGUAGAGAGAAAGAGGACAGAGAGAGAAAUAAAGGAAAUCUAAUCAUCAGGCCAGAGCAGGAGGACGUGAGGAUGUCAGUCCUCUUACUGACCACCUGCUGUCAGGAUACAUAAGAUUUGAACCGCUCUUUGUCCAGGGCCUAACGAUUACAGAUUCAAUGAUAUUUAAAGUCAUGUCGCCGGCCGUGGAGAUGCUGUGGUCCCUGUGCAUGCUUCUGGUUCUGCUUCCAGUGGAUCCAGCUGACGCUCACACAGGCUCUCCUGGACUCCUCUGCACAAAUGACUUUGUUAACAAUGUCAGCUGUAGUUGGACCAGAUCAUGGGUUGGUUCUGCUGAGAACUGUUGGAUUACGGGAGUGAAGAAAUAUUGGAAAUCUAGAUCAAUUGAAUUAAUAGCCCAAAGCUGCAAACUGAAACAACACAGAAAUUCUUCUCUGGGCUGCAGUUUUGUCUUUGAAAAGACAGCUUUUUCUGGUUCUGAAGUGAUGCCAUUCAUCAAUUUAACAUGUAAUGGCACACUGGUGAAGGACAUUAAAAACUACAAGCCAGUGGAUCACAUUAAAAUGCAUCCUCCAGGAGCUCCACAGGUCAACAUCACUGCCAAUUUCACCCUGAUAUCGUGGACUCUGGGGAGUCCUGUCUCAAUGUAUUUUGAGGCUUCCUUCAACUUCGAGCUUCGGGUCAAACAGAGAGAACAACAAUGGAAGGAUUCCAAAGAGUUUAACACAAAAGAGCAAGAGCUGAGAUCUCCUGUGGGGAAACUAAAGGGCAACCUGGAGGUCAGAGUCCGAGUCAAGCCGUCUAAUAGGGACAAGAGCCACUGGAGCGAUUGGAGCCCGACAACAUCCUGGGUGGAUUUGGCAGAUAAGAAAGACUGGUCACCAGAUCAGAACUCGGUGAAGUGGAUCUUACUUCUUCUCAGCUUGUGUCUCCUCGUUAUUGUUUUGCUGGCCUACUACAAGAGCUGCAAGGCCCGAGGGCUGCUUAAAGGGAAGCCGUUACCAAACCCUUCAAAGUACUUCCAAACUCUCCAUUCGGUCCACCAAGGAAAUCUGAAAGAAUGGCUCAAUCCCCUUUCAGGGACCCAAUCAUUCAUGGUCCCUUCAUGCGACCAAAUUGCGCAAGUUGCGGUGUGUGAGGACUGGAAUGAGAUGAUGCCCUCUCCUUCGCCAACUUCCAGCUCCACAAGCACCUUUCUUCACUUCCACAGAAACUCCAUUUCUUGCUCAGACAACAGCGGCGUCAUCUACAACUCUUCCUCUCUGUCUAGCUUCUCUAAUGUGGGCUAUUUCAUAUCCAGCUCCUGCAGCGGCUCAGCUAGGACCAACCCCAAUCCGGCUUACUUCACCUAUCAUGACAAUUUCCAAAACCUUCCCCAAAUCAACGGCCCCCAAUUCUGCCUCUAUGAUCCUCUUAAUUCAUUUCCUGAAUAUGAAAGUCUGAAGAGGGAGCCAGAGAGCCCUGACUCUGGUUUUGGCAUCAUGAAGGAAGAUGAAAUGAAAGAGACACACAGAGUCAUUUGCAGAGAAGGGGAGGAAGUUCUGAAUGAUCAGAGUUCCCCACUUCUCUUCCUUCCUCUUCACCUUUCUUCUCACCUUCCUUCCUCUCCAUCAGCUCAUCCUUCUGCUUUGACACAGCCCUCUGAAAGCCAAAUGGAUGCGGCUGAGACAGAUACCAGCAGUAGCUCGGCUGCUCAGCUUGUUGCUGGUGCCAUGUGCAGGUCCUCUUCUAUGCUGGUGGAACCCUUCAAAACCGGUUAUCUGACACUCAAAGAGCUACAGAUAACAUUCAGCAAUAAAUCCAUCUAAAAACUAGGAGCUAAAACUGAUAAGUUGGAGGAAUUUAAGAAGUGUUUCUAAGGAAAAAACAGGCAAAAGCCAACCUUGCAAGAAAAUUCAAAGAUAAAAGUAAGGGAGCAGGCUUUAUACUUUAAUAUCUUUAUAAAGUCUUGGUAGCAGAGAAGAAAUAAUGAGUUGAGAACUAGCUUUAACCAGAACUUUUCUAAGCAACUGACCAAGACCAGGGAACAGCGAACUUGGCUGCAAUUACAAGUCAGAGUGUUUCUCAAAGACAUUUUAAAGCCAUCUGGCUGACAGCUGGUUGGACCAGAAAAAAGGCUGAAGUAAAGUUUGUGUGGUUCAAGUCAGGUCUCUUAAUCACAGCAAAAAACAAAAAAACACACAAGUGACAUAAAACUUUUUACUUGGGAGGUCCCAAUCUGAUCCCGUGGUGUCAGAAUUCCUGAUGAAACUCAGCUCCUGCGGCCAUGUUUUGGGAAUAUGUUACAAGCCACACUGUCAUAUCAAAACAGAGACCCAACAUGCUAAUGUUAGCCUAGCACUACAGUUAACUUUUUUGCAUUAAAAACGUGGUCUUCAGGAACAAGACGUAAGUUUAUUGAAGGCUGUAGCUGUACAUUUUGAAUCAGGUAGCUUAUAAAUGAUUAGGCUAUGCAUAUUUUAGAUGAUAUGUUGUUAGCUUUCUUAACCAAGCUAACCCAUGUUGGAGCAGCAUAUUAACAAUGUCCUGCAGAAACUUUGGUUGGAACAAAAUAUCUGUAGCUGUUUAGAAAUGCAAAUAUUAGACACUGUGGUGUCAUUUGCAAGUGAGAGAAGUGGGACACAUUAUUAAUGUACACCAUGUAAUACAGAUGAAACAUAAUGCAUUAUUGUAACUCCUAGACAUGGCUUUGAUUUUUAUGAAGUAUCACACUGGGACUGUUUUGCCAAACAUAUUUUAAAGACUCAGAUCAGUAGAGGGGACAGAAAAUCCCGAUGGAGACAUGCCUCAGUAUUACAUCAACUUUUUCUGUGGCUGCUUUUUCAAAUAUACCAUACAGAUGAGGUGAUCUAAACUGUUGUUUUCUCGAAUAAUAUGAAAAGUUGAAAAGAUGGUGAAACCUAAUAAAUGAGCUGCUAGAAGCUGCAUAGAUGUGAGAAGGGGAAAUGCUGAUGAAUAUGUGCUUCUUUAACUUCAAUGCAAAUUUUUACUGUACUAUAUUGUUAUAAGAGUUAGCUUCACCUGCAAUUAAAUGCUAAAUAAUCUGCUAUGAUUUGGCAUUAUUUAUCAAUGAUUUUCCUCAAUAAAGACAUAUACAACUA